AUGGCAUCAAAAUCAGAUGCGGCAUUCGCCUACCACGAACCCUCAAUCGAAACAGUCCUCAACUACACCGGCUUUCUGUUGACACUAAACAUAGCCAAUGCCUGUUUGGACAAGCUUCUUUACUGUGGACUAAUCGGCCAACUUUUCAUCGGUAUUCUUUGGGGCACGCCUGGGGCCCAAUGGUUCGACCGAGAGACGGAAACAGUCAUCCAGCAGAUUGGGUAUCUCGGCCUGAUACUCUUGAUCUAUGAAGGUGGCCUAUCAACCUCCCUCCAGUCCUUGAAGGCAAACGUCCUUCUCUCAACAGCCGUAGCUCUCACUGGAAUCUGCGUCCCUAUGGGCCUGUCAUUUAUUCUCAUGGAGCUUGUAUCUUCAACAUCUCUCCAAUCCUUUGCUGCCGGUGCAGCACUGAGUGCAACUAGUCUCGGCACUACAUUCACCAUUCUCUCAACCACGCAACUGGCAACUACGAGGCUUGGCACCGUCACUUCCAGUGCUGCAAUGCUGGACGACGUAGUCGGCCUAGUCAUGGUCCAGAUCAUUUCAAAUCUCGGCGGAGAUGCCGCCUCGUUCAGUACGGUGACUGUCAUUCGACCCGUUUUUGUCUCGAUCGGGUUUGCUGUUGGUCUUCUAUUGCUGUGUGCGCUCUGUUUACAGCCUGCGUUGCGAAAAUUGCUCACUUGGAAAGACAAUUUUCCGAGACUCGUGAAAACUGCACAAUUUGCGUUCCUCGCACAGUCGUGUGUGCUGGUUGGUAUUGUGGCUGGAGCAACUUAUGCUGGGACCUCCAGUCUUUUCGCUGCUUACCUUGCCGGAGUGAUUGUUUCAUGGUUUGAUGUCCUGGUGGCGGAGUCGGGAGCAUCGACACUGGCUGAGCAGCCUGAUUCUCGAGCAUGUUCUGGCUCACCUAGAGAGAAAUCUCCCAACCCUCGAAGAACCCCUCGGGCGAGCACACAAGACGACACGAACCGGCAUAGUCAAGAGAUGCCCUCCUCUAAUGCACAUGUUCAAGCAACCGGAACAAGCCAUGAGACACCGACAGGUGAACUUGUCUAUAGCAGAUAUUAUAAAGAGCCGGUCAGCCGAAUCCUCCUCCCUCUUUUCUUCCAGGCCUCCAUUGGCUUCGCAAUCCCCAUCACGAAGAUGUUCUCAGGCCAGGUAGUAUGGCGUGGAAUAAUCUACGCCCUUUUAAUGGCUCUCGGAAAGAUGGCCACAGGCCUUUGGCUCGUUCGUCUCUCUCCAAGCCCUGUGGCGGCUCUACUCUCUACCAUCAAGAAGCCCUUUACCUACGCCCAUACCUGUUGCUUCAGUCCGAAGGUUAUCAGCCGAAAAUUGAAUCAGAAGAUGAAAAGCACGCAGGCACACAGGACCGCAGAGACCCCCGCCAACCAAGACGAUACCCAACCGAAUGAAUCCCCUUCCACAACUUUCAGCCAUUCCGACAUCUCUCUUCCCGCCAAGCCCAAGUCCUUGUACCCGUCCUCUAUCUUGGGACUAGCGAUGGUUGCCCGCGGCGAAGUGGGAUACCUCAUUGCCUCGAUUGCCGAAAGCCAAGGAAUCUUCUCUGAUGGCUCUUCCGAAGGACCAUCCGAGAUCUACCUAGUGGUCAUUUGGGCGAUCUCGCUUUGUACAUUGGUCGGUCCGAUCUUGGUUGGGACUCUGGUCAGACGGGUAAAGCAGUUGCAGAAGUCAAGAGGGGAUAUAGGAUCUAAUCCGCUAGGA